GACUCGACUUGAAAAUUGUCGCACUGACCGUUUUCGCUGCAACUGAUCAGCUUUCAAAUUGUCUGUGUUGCGCUGGUAUUCACAGCACAUCCAACGUGAACCCCUCGGACAGCUACCUCUACGCACACCAUGUCGCUCCCCCCAGAGCAAAUCAGUAUCAAACGGCGGCGCGAGGAAGAGCCUCCCGACACCUUGUACAUUCAGUCGGAGAUGCAUCAAACCAAACGCCGCUUUACGGAUUUCGUCUUCCAGCGAGUCCAGGUCAAAGCGAGUGAUCUUCGAGCAGGUCACUCCGCCAGUCCCUCCGUCCCCGCAGCACCAUCCCAGAGACCCAUUCGCACCCCGCGGGCGGCCAGUACCUCGAACUUCCCGACCCUCGGUAGUGGUGGUGGUGGUGGUGGUGGCGGCGGCGUCCCGUUAGUGAGAGCUACAUCCCCCGGCGCGGAGAUCCGCGACGCCAAACGGUUGGCGGCUGCGCGCCGGGAGCAGGAGGAAAAGUUCCAGCGGGCCCUCCGCUCCUCGCCGGUCACCCACGAUACUCCCGACACCAAGAGCACGACAUCCAGCGAGCGUGGCAGCCCCGCGCCCUCCGUCACGCCCUCGCGAGCCGUGCGCCGCUUCCAGAUCUCCCGAUCGAGCAGCGCAUUCACUCCCAUGCGGGGCACGGGAGGCGGUGUGCAGAAACGUCGGGAUGGCGGCGUGGCCGUGCUAGUGGAGAAGCUGCGGCGGGAACCGCACUCGCGGCAGGCAUCGCGGGUGGCAGAUGCGGCGGCCCAGGCGGACCAGCCGGAGGUCAAGGCCCCAUCUGUGGGGAUGGCGUCCCAGGGACCGAGCGCGUCGCGUGCCCGCAAGCGACCGGUCGUGAACCGGGCGGAGCGACAGUGGCGGGAGCAGCAGCAGACGGCCAUCGCCACGGCGAAGCAGAACAUCUCGCAGUCGCUCGACCAGGGGGCACGGAAUCAGCAGCGGGGAGAUUGGGACAACGAGUCGGAUCGGUUGGCGGUGGCACUGGAGCGCAUCGCGCUUGAGCUCGACGGAGGGAUGGACACGGCGGCUCCGACUCCGGCUCCGACGACGACACAGCCCCCGCCUCCGGUGGCUUCCCCAGGGCCUAGCCCCGUGGCACUACCCAAACCGCCGUUGAAGUAUCUUCCCCGCACGCCGAACCAGCAUCGUCCGGCCCCUCCCGAACGCGGUGCUCCUGGGCCGGACGCCGAGGAGAGCGACGAGGAUUACGUCUACGACAUGUACAUCCGGCGUCCGCUGGCCGAGGGGCGACUAACGGACCCGGUGUCCGACCUCGAGCGGGGUCGUGGGAAAGACAUUGACCCGACGCGGCCGGACAUCGGGGUGAUCGUGAUCACGCCGGAAGACGAGGAGUACUGGGAGACCUUCGCCACGGACGACGAGGACGAGGCGUGGGACAGUGAGGAUGGAGAUUCCAACGGUAAGGCCCAACGAUACCACCUGCCCUCCAACCCCGGAUGAUAGGCUAAUCUCUUGUCGCACGCACUAGCCGAAAACAACCCGGCCAAUGACUACCCCGACGAGGACCUGUCAUGGGACGACGAGGCAGACGACCCGACGGCGGCG